CCCUCGAUUUUCUUGUGAAGGAGUAGCAGUAUUCAUGCAAAAAUAUCGUUUUGGAAAAAGAUCGACUCGGUCUUUUCCGUAAAAGAUAAUCUUGCAGAAAUACCACGAGGGUAUGGCUAGUGUAAACGAGCCGCCGGAAGAUGUGCUGAUCGAUAUCUUGUCUCGGCUUCCGGCAAGAUCCAUCCUCCGAUUCAAAUCUGUCUCCAAACGCUGGUACUCUCUCGUCCAAAAUCCUAUCUUCAUCUCCCUCCACCGCACCCACGCCCGGUUCUUCUACUGUGUCUCCCAGGAACGCACCGUCGACCAUAACCCCUGGUCCAUGCAUUUACUCCCCGACCAGACUUCAAUUCAUGACCUAGAUCUCUCUUUCACCAGGCCCCACCUUGGCAAGGAUUUCAGCCACCAAGGCUCUUGCAACGGCCUCAUGUGUCUCUCCUUGAACUCCAAUAUCGUGAUAUGCAACCCUGCAACGAGAGAAUUUAGGCUACUCCCUCAACCCCCUUGUCAUUCGUGGCAUACGAAUUACCUCGGGUUUGCUUUUGACUCCAAAACCAAUGACUAUAAAGUAGUUAGAGUCGCCACUCUCCGGGAAACCAGGUGUGUUGAUUAUAGAAUUCACAUCUAUUGCAUGAGUGCAGAUUCAUGGGAAGAACUCUUCCUAAUGGCGCUCAGCCACAACUUAGACGGUUAUCAUCAUCAUCCUUGCACAUCGAAGGAUGGGGUUUUCUAUUGGUUGACUUCUUAUGUUCAUCCUCGUGACCGGAUUGAUGUCUUAAACACGGUUGAAGGAUCGUUCAAACGAAGGUCCUUGCCCAUCGACGUUGGUUCUGAUUCGCAGAUUAAUCUUUGUCUUCUAAAUGAUUCUCUUGUCCUUAUUGUGUCAUUGUAUAACAGCCGGCUAGGAGAGACUCAGUUUGACGUGUGGUUAAUGGACGAAUUAGGAGAUCAGGAGUGUUGGACUAAAAAGUGCUCCAUUGGGCCCAUCUCAGGAAGUCCCAUCUCAGGAAGUCAACGUGCAUUUGGGUUCCAGCCAAAUAAUGAGGUUUUUAUGACUGGAUGUGACAAUGGGCUGAUUGUGUCGUACAACCAUAGCACAGGGGACACAAAAAAAUACAAACAGUUAUGCAAUUUGCCAGAACUAAGGUGUUUAAGACAAGUUUUUCAAUACUCAGAGAGCUUAGUGUCGGUUAAGAGACGACUUGAUUGA